AUGCCUGCUCUGAUCAAGGCCUUCAACUAUCUCGGCAACAACCUUGAAAGCAGCAUAAACCUUUCGCAAGAGCUUUCAAAUGAAGUAUCUCCAUUCAAUUUCUUGACGUUACAGCUGAAAGUGGAUGAAGCGAGCAGCGUGAGCACAAAGAGCGAAGUGAACGGUGACGUGGACAAGAAAGACGACUCCGGAAACGAGACCGGAGCCGGGGAACCGGAGCAAGAGGACGACCAAGAAGUGUACUACGACAAAACCAAAUCGUUCUUUGACAAGAUAUCCUGCGAAGCCGUCGAACGUGCCAAAGGGAAAUCGCAGAGGACUGAUUGGCGCGUCGAACGUAAGCUUAAUUCGGAGACGUUCGGCGUGGCUGCGACGAGACGCGGAAAUUUCAGGGGUCGCGGAGGCUACAGAGGCAUGGGCUACCGCGGAGGUUACAGGAACAACUACAGGCAUCCGCAGAGGCGCGAUCAACCACAACAGUCGUCAUCGCAGAAUCAACAAGGUAAUCCUUCAGAACAGAAUCAAAAGCAGAAGUGCUCGAACGUCGAGAAAGACUCUUCGUCGAUGAGCGCCGAUGUCACUUGCACGCCGGCGGAGCCGUCUGAGCAGGCGCAAACCAAGAUAGCCGACGGCUUCUCGGGCGUACCGUCGACGUCAGUGGCCUAGAAGAUCGGCUGAGGAGAACAUCUGACAUCAGAAUAAGAAAUCCAGGAUAUUAGGGUCGUGAGUGACUCUGAAUAAUAAUAAUAGUGAUCUGUGAUUUAUUGAAAUUGUACUAGGAGUUUUGGAUUUUUUGUUUUAGUGUGUGUACCCGUCUCUUGAGAUAUACUGAAUUGAUCAUUCGGACUUUCAUUAUUAGAAUUUUGUUUUAAUUUUUUGUUUCCCUUGAAAAGUCUAAACUUUUCGAAUUGAUGAGCUUCAGUUCUUCGGAGGUAACCGGUUCGGUUUGAUCCUUCGAACGACUGAUCCUCACUGAUGAGAAAAAGUAAGCAGUUUUUUUUUGUAUCUCAUUUUGCCGAUUUGAAAUUGUGUAUUCUAGUUGAUUAUUAGAAUUGUUGCAGAAAUAUUGAUAGAAUAUUUGUAUACCGACUGAAUAACCACAAAACUUGGCGCAGCAAUGAUCCUCUCGAACGUAUUCUAUAAAUGCUUCGGAAGCAAAAGCUAGUAAUUGCGAAUUGGUAUCAGGUGUGUCGUAGCGUAUCAAGUUUUGUGCGUUUUCAACGAAAAGAAAGGGUACAUUAAACACAAACAAAUUUAGGUACGACGAGAUGACAAGUUUUCUGUGUCCUGAUGUCAGUAUUAUAGAGUAAUGUGUACCUUAGCAAUGACUGUUUGAUACGGGGAACAGGUGAAGCCAUUCUUGUUAGCCUCUGCUUCCGUUUGUCCUCUAACAAUAUUGAGAGAGAGUUCAUAACAAAGAUGGCUUCUACUGUUAACUCUUGUUAUCUGAUUCAAGAAUGUAGCAUUCUAGAAGAGGGCUAGUAAUAAUAAUAGAGUACGGAAGAGUUGUGGUUAUGUCGAAGUGACGGAAGAUAAUUCGUCUUUUCGGGAAUAUAUUCUUCAUACCUGUGAUUUUUUUAUUGAAUAUAACAUGUUUAGAGUUAACGGUAAAUUAUGAGCAAUGGGUUUUAUCGAUAAGCUAAAGUUUUUGAUUGAAUUGACUUCAUUGAAGUUUAUAUUGAAUAUUUCAAUAUCGGAUUAUAGGGAAUGAUUGAAAAAUAACGGGUUUUGGAGAAUUUUUGGGCGAAAAUGCAGGAUAAUGUCUUCUCGAGGAUGUCACAACACGUUGGAUUCUCAUCUCGGUUUUCCUGAUCCUGCAUAGUUUUCAGCAUUUUUUUUUGUGUUUCACGGUACUUGGAAAAAGAUUUGAUUUCAAUGUUUAUUAUAUUAGUGGAUAUUCCCUGUAACACGAUUUUUCUCUAUUAUCGAUGGAAUCCAUUUAGACCUGUGGUUGUUUUAAUGCUUCAUUACUAUAUUAUUAUGAAGCAGAAAAUGAACAUUUCAAUGUAUAUAUUUAUAGCUACUGAAAAA